UGGCUCCCGUUCCUCUCCAGCCAACCCAAUGAAUAAUUAAUGCUCUUUUAUUUUGAUAUAUACUAGUGUAAUAUACUUUUCACAGUACGUGCCAGCAGCUCAGCUAUUGAAGUACCAUCAUGGUAUUAAAGAUGUGUAAUUGAAGGAAGUGCAGACAACCAGGAACGCGGUUCAGGAUUGCUGGCUUGCUGCCGAGCAGCGGUGCGGCCUGCGGAGCAGCCCUGAGGGAAGUGGCUGUGGGCCUCUCCGGCCAGCCCUCUUAAAGAGUAUUGGUCAGAAACGACUGGCGUCGGCCUGUUUCAGAGAAGUAAAUUAACGAGGAACAAAGAAACCGGGAGCCAACAGAGGAAUGCGACAUCCAAGAGAAGAUUAACUUUGAAAUCCUGAUGCGAGAAGGCAUCUGUAAGCUACUUGCGGUGAGCACACAAAAAGACCAGCUCUUGCAAGCGGUUAAAAACCUGAUGGUUUGCAAUGCUCGUAUACUUGCAUACAGGACAGAGCUACAGAACCGAAAAGAAAAGCUGAUCUCAUGCAGAACCGAAGAAUGCUUUUCAGAAAAUGAGACAGAAGACCGAGUGGCGUGCAAAGCAAAGGUUGCUAUAUCAGAUAUUCGAAUACCAUUAAUGUGGAAAGGCUUUGAUCACUUCAGCAAUAAAGAAAAAUCACAGCGCUAUGCAGUUUUUUGUUUGUUCAGAAUGGGAGCUGAGGUUUUUGAUACAGAGGUGGCUAUUGUGGAUAAAGCAAUAACAGAUAUCUGUUUUGAAAAUGUAACCAUAUUUGAUGAAGCAAGACCAGAUUUCCAGGUGAAGGUUGAAGUGUAUAGUUGCUGUACAGAGGAGUCUUUAUAUGUAACAAACACUCCUAAGAAACUAGCAAAGAAGCUUAAAACAUCCCUCAGCAAAGCUACAGGGAAGAAACUCAAAGCUACACUGGAAGAAGACGGCACUGAAUCCCUUUUGCCUGCUGACCCAGUCAUCCAAGGAGCAAAGUACAGUUUGCUAGCAUAUACCACUUUGGGACUGGAGAGUGCUGAGGACAGUUUCAGGACCCACAACCUUACCAUUACAGGAAAUGAGGAAUCCUCUUUUUGGCUCCCUCUGUAUGGAAACAUGUGUUGCCGUUUAGUUGCUCAGCCUUCCUGCAUGGCUAGGGAUAUGAUGUCAGGAUUUCUUAAUCAACAGCAAAUGAUAGGAAGUCUAACUAGCUGGAGGAGGCUGUAUUGCGUACUAAGAGGUGGCAAGCUCUUUUGUUACUACUCGCCAGAAGAAAUUGAGGCUAAACUGGAGCCAGCAUUGACAGUUUCCAUCAACAAGGAAACCAGAAUUCGAGCUGUGGAUAAGGACUCCAAGAGAAGAACUAAUAACUUCUCUGUUAUCAACCCCAUGUCUGGAGAGGCUGUGACGCAACUUUUUGCUACUGACAGUAGGGACGAACUUCAUAAGUGGAUGGAGGCUUUCUGGCAGCACUUUUAUGAUCUGAGCCAGUGGAAACAUUGUUGUGAAGAACUUAUGAAAAUUGAGAUUAUGUCACCACGGAAACCACCUUUGUUCUUGACAAAAGAAGCGACCUCCGUCUACCAUGAUAUGAGCAUUGAUUCUCCAGUGAAACAUGAGGGCUUAGCUGAUAUCAUACAAAGAAAAAUCGAAGAGAGUGAUGGUGAGUUCCUGCUCAGCCAGCAAAAAGAGUCUGCAUCUUCCUUAUGGGCUUCACUCUUUGAUGGAUCUCAUGAGAUGGUUGUUCAGAAAAACGUGCAUCUAAGCCCGAAAAGAGAUACUACAAGUACUAAUGACAGCAAAGGAAAGAAAAGAAGAGCUCCGCCUCCUCCUUCUGAUAAGUCACCAUACAGUGCAAAACCACAGGUGAAUACAGAGCAAUUGGGCAAGGAAAACUGGGAGAAGCCUGACUGCACAUCUACUACUAGUUCUCCCUUUGAUUCAAAGUUAUCUAUGAAAAUGCAGCAGUUGCAUACGCCCAUUGCUGCUCCUCGCAAAAUUGGUCCUUGUAGAAAAAGCAAUUUAGUUGACCAUAGGAAUCCCAUUUCAGUGGUUAACAAGACUGAGUCUGAAACCAAACCAGUACCAACCCCUAGACAGAAAUGCAUCACAGAAAUGCUAGACCCUAGAUCAUGGUUGCAGCCCUAGACAUCAUAAUUAGCCUAGAAAAGUCCCUGGAAUUUUAAGUUUCUCAGCCUUCUACUAUAACUCUUGACUAAAACUAGAUUUUAGCAUAUAGCUUCUAAGUAUUGAGGCUAAAGUUUUGUUUUGUUUUUUUUUUUCUUUUAGCCAGGGCACUACUUCUAGCUGCAGUCUCAGCUGUACUCAUUAUUGCUAACAUCUAAAUAAUUGCACUAGUAAUGGGGGCAGUUAUCUCUAUCUGAAAUAACGGUGCUACUUCUGAAAAGAGCGGUUCAGUACUUUCCCCUUGAAAAACCGGCAGUGUUCAGGGUAACUCAGUGACCCUGCAGCAGGGAUGUUACCAUUGCUUUCCACCAGUCCCCCCGCUUAGUCCAUCUGCAGCUCCUCAGACUAGUUCAAGUGCGAAUUUCACACACAUUCAGCACAGAUCUUGCAAAGCUGAUUUUCUUGGGCUCCAUGCUUGGUUUCACCUAAAAUAUUCUUAUCUCUCUCUAUUUGGGAACCACUGCUUGUAAGAUAACGUACUAUGAAAAGUUAUUGUGCUCUUCUGAACAGCUCUGUAAGUCCACGUGAAUUUCUGAAGUGGUUCUAUCAAUUUAGCGUGGGAUCUCCUAAGUUCUUGCUGGUGCAUCUGCUGUGUGAAUGGACCAGGAUUAUCUGUGUGUAAUCAAGAAUGUGAUCUGUCACUGCUGCUUAUUUUGGACUAACAUGGACGUUUAAAAGCAGUCCUGUGUAUGAAGAGCUACUCAGGAUUUCAUUUUUAUAGUUGUUUUUUCUGACAAACGGGGCUCUGUAGCAUAGUCUCUCCUUCGUGGAGCCUCUUGGCUCUUCCUGGUAGGUAGCUGGUUUGUAAAUGUGGCGGUGUUACUGGUAAACAAAUACGGUUUUCUCACCUCUCGUUCUUUCUGAAAUAGCAGAGAGUAAGUACUUCAGGUAAAAAUAUUGAACUUUGAUAUUCUUCCAUCAGACUGUUCACCAUUUCUUUAAGAAGGAUGGGUUAUUAGGGUUCCUGUAGCACCUGCAAAACAUCUAUUGCAUAUGGAAUCCACAGCUUAAAUAUCCAGCCCUUUCCUUGGAUGAUGCGUUUAUUUCAGAUGCUGGAACCUAUCCAAGAGCAAAGGUCUGCUUGCAGAUCUCCCUCUAGAGCUUUGGCAUUCAGACCUGUGGCGAGAGAGUCGUAUCAAGCAACUGUAUACCUACAGUUCAAUAAUUUUUUUUUUUUUUCCUAAAGUGCAGGUGGCUUUGGGAGCUUUACCAUUUCUCCAGAAGAUAUUGUGUGCAUGGUUGGUUUGUUUUAUCUAGUUUUUGUCUUCUGCUAAGCUCUUGGCUGCAUAGCUGUAAAGGUAUCUGCUGAAUUCCCUCAGUAGUUCCUUGGCUAUUUGGGAUGGGGCUUGAGAAGCAGGUUUCAUUUACAACUCCUUUUGCAGGAUUAGAGCCCUUCGUUUCUAGAAUGUCCUUGUUCAUUCUUUGUUUAAUCACAUUCCAUUUUCCCUCUGAAACAACCAUAAUCAUUCUUACAAUAAAUCAUGCUGUUACUUAAGUGGAUGGUUUGUGAAUGGUUUAUAAAUAGGAACAGAAAAACUGAAGAAUAACUGCAUGAUUAUGUAAAUCAGACACAGUCGACUAAGUGGACUGUGCAACUCUGAACGAGAAAUAGGAAAAAUAAACGGGGGAGGGGGGGAAGCAUAUUUUCCAAAAUGCAGCUGCAGACUAUUUAGCUUUAAAUCUAGCCUUAAAUGUUACUGUGCUCUGGAAAGAAAGAAUACCUUUCUCUUGGUAACCUCCUUCCAUUUUGUUGUUAUAUUUCAAAAUAAAUCUCAUAAAUACAUAAGGCAAGGAGGCACCAUAAUGAGGAUUUAUUUUUAAAUUCAACAGGCCAUUGAAUUUCAACGAGCAGUUUCUCUAUUAAAUUCAGUGGCUUUGUUUUGAACUGAACAUACAUAUUUUAGGAAGGCAUUUAAUAUUAAUUUAAAGUCUUCAAGUGAUGAGAAUUCACUCAUACCUCCUGUUGCAAUAGUUAAUUACCCCAGGUACAUUUUUCACUUGAUUUUCUAUUUGCAUUUCUAGCUCCACCUUAAGUUAUUUUGGUCUUUUUAUGCAUUUGAUUGCUUAUAUUGAUCUCGGUAGUAUCAGCUUUUCUAAUUGCUUGUGUGUAGUUAUAAAUCAUGAUUAUGUCCCUUUUAACCUUUUCUCUGAUGAGAUGUACUGAAUUCCUUAACUUUCUUAUGGCAAUGAACGUUAUCCAAGACUAAUUAAUCUUCCUGUUCUUCUCUGUACUUCUCACAUAUUGAAAUAUUUUGAAGUGUGACAUCUGAAUUAGAUACCACAUGUCAAUAGUGAUCCAUCAGGACUAUAUAGAGACAUAACGUGAUCCUCUUACUCUGAUUAAUAUCUCCCUCCCCUCUUUCCUCAAAAAUUGUAUUAUCCUUUUUUGUGGAAGCAUUGCCUUGGAUGCUGACUUUUAUGGCUCAAGUCCUCUUCAGAGUCCUUUUUUAAGAAUGCAGUACAUCAUCCUCUUAUUAUCCUACCUUAUUUUUUUUUAGAAAUAUACUCUGUAUUUUACCAGCAUUAAAAUACUGCUCAUGAAGUGAUCCAGAUUGCUCUGUAAAGUGACCUGUCCUCAUUCUUUACUACUCCAGCAGUCUGCAUGUCCUUUGCAAAUUUAUUGCAAGUGAUUUUUACUGUUUCUUCCAGAUCAUUGAUUUUUAAAAUUGAAUGCAAGGCAAGGUUUGUAGAGAGAGGUGAUAAGUUUUUAUUACAUCAGUGACAUAGGUAGGGGGGUGGGGAAAAGCAAACAGACAGGCCAUAGAAUUCCAUAUUCUUUUUUGUCAGUGCCUUUAAAAAUUGAGUGAAAUUGAAUAUACUUCUUGCCGAUUCCCUACUAAUUUUGAAAUUAGUUUUCAGUCUUCAACAUAACAUUCUAUAUUGAUUUGAUCUAGUACUGAUAUUUUAACGAACAUUACAUGUUGGUCUGGCUUUCAGUAGGUGACUUAGGGUUCUUAGGGGUAACACCUCAGUGCAGGUGUCCUUGCAAGCCAAGCUUGCUGUAUCAGAGUAAAAUGCAACCUGUUGUUCAAGACCUAUUCUCCAUGAAGCUGUGCUGAUUGACGUUUUAUAUCUAUCCUUAACUUAGACUCAAAUGAGCCAGUUCCCUAUAUUGUCCUGAUCACCACUAUGCAAACUAGUGAUGCCCUUAAUUACCCUGCUCAUCCUGCUUCAGAGCAACAGUGUUGUUCUUACGGGCCUGCGAAACAUCAUGGCAGCGUUGAGACGUGUUUAACUAAUUGCACAUUCAGGCUCCUACAGCUGGAAAGGCUUCUGCUACUGAAUGUAGUUUCUGUUAUUUUAAACAACCACUAUAUAAUCCCUAUUAUGAAGCAUCAGUUGACUUCAUGUUUUAGUAUUUAUUGUUACUGACUUAGUCUUUGGGUUUUUCUUCCCCUUCUGUAUUGCCAUUUAUUAUUGCCUUCAUAUCCCUUCUGUUAAGCAAGUUGGUUUAGCUGAUAAGAACUGCAGGUUACCAGCAAACGUUGAUCUUAGCUAUACAGUAAAGUCAGUUGUAGGAAAUAUAUUUGUACACGGCUUUUGUCUAUGCAAGAGAACAUAAAUAUUAGUAAUAAACGCAGCACAAUUUUAGGAGUACAGUCAGAAGAUAUAUCUGUGAGGAAAAUGGACUUUUUUUUGCUUUUCUGUAUAGUGACAGAUUGUAAUACUUUAUUACUGAUCCUGGUCCCUUAUCAUUGCUUAGGCUUGUUCAGAAAUUAGAACUCUUUCUUUGUUUUUUUCCCUCAAAUUUUCCUGACUAUAAGGAGGAUGAAUAUUCAAAACAGGAAUUAAGACCAAUAAAUUGCUUGUACGGGAGCACUCUAGUAGAAGGAAGCCAGCUACGUCACAGUGCGGUACAGUGAUGUUGUAGACUUUGCACUGAUUCACUCCUCAAGUUUUUAAGGACGGUUUUAAGGACGUGGCGGUGGCUGAAGCCCGUCUGUUGGUAGCGCGAGGGGCUGGGGAGCUGCUAGCCUUCCUCCUUCAAAGGGGAGGUGAGGGGGAGUUGAGAGGCGGAGAGGUAGAAGGCAGCCUGUUCCUUAUGGGAUGUAGUGGAAACUGUUUAACUGCUGCUUCUGAGCACUAACAGAGAAGGUACUCAUUAAGCCAUCUUAUCAGUUGCAUUCAAUCAUGAGGGUGCUUUAAUUGCAUGACUCCAAAUAUCAGUGAUCAAAAAGCAAGAGUCAGUUGAUUAGCAUCUAUAAACAAUGCCGAAAUAGGAAAUAUUUCACAAAGACACAGAUGGUAUAGCCAGCCUCCUGCUGGCAUGAGGCUUGGAAGACAGCAGGAGUCCUGAGGCUUCUCCCAGCCCUUGUGCCCCACUGCCCCUUGUGCACGUUUGCACACAUAAGUCGGGGUGCUGCUGCCUGGCAGUGGAGUCUGUGGGAAAACAGCAUUUGUUCAGAGACACUGCACCCAGAACAAACGGCUCAAACUACCCAGCGUAGCACGGGGAAGGCACUGGUGGCAUCUGCUACUGCUGAAUGAUACGGGGGAUUAGGUACUGCUCUGAGGAAUUUCAGGCCCACUCCAAAAACUGUACCUGCUUGUUUGCUGCUGGAAUGAAUUAAUUGGUGCUUAAAAGCAGAAUUAAGUAGUGGGAUUGAUGUCUUUAAGUGAGGUGGAGACAAUAGUCAACCUGCACUCUUCUGCUAGGAGGUACAACUUGAAAGCUAUUGCUAGUCCAAACUUGAAUAUAAAUUUCACAGCACAUGAACAACUUUUGAAAUAUUGACUGAAUAAAGACUUAUUUUAGUAACUUUUUAUAUUAUACCUCAUGUCUUCAGGUGUUCAUUUGGUCUUGGAAUGGUAGACAGUACCUUUUGUGAUGUUAAAGACAUUAGUUUAAAAUGUUUACAUUUUUACUAGUAUUGGGAUAUUUUCUUUUCCUAUGGUGAUUAUAUUAAUAGUUAUUUUACAGUGGCUUGUACAUAUUUGGAAAUACUGUCCUAGUGUUCAGAGUUAAUUUGUAGUUAAUGUAGAUUGCCUUAAUAGAAGAAUGCAGAUGUGGACACUAACGUAUUGUGAAAUGUUAGAAGAGAAAUCUUCUUUUGCUGCUAACAUAUUGUAUUUCUGUUAAAAUAGAAAGUGAAAUUAAAAAUGU